AUGAUGAUGCACCGACUGCAGCGCAGCGUGGCCGCGCUGUCCUUGUCGGCUCCACGCGCCGUCUGUCGACCACGUGCUGUCAGUACACACAUCGAGCCACAUCCAUGUGCCGUGUCCACGCCGCCCAAUCUGGCGCUGGCCCCCGAGAAGCCCCUGCCGCCACCGCGUGUGAUUCCUGCAGCGCAAGCGGUUCACGUGACGCCAGUGGGUGAUUUGGAGCUGAAGCUGCUGUCCCUGAGUGAGGGAGACGAGGCACAAGAGGAUCUCGGGACGAUCACGAUGGACGGGGACGUGUUUGGCGCGCCGGAUCGCGUUGAUAUUCUGCACCGCGUCGUGCGCUGGCAGUUGGCGUGUCGUCGCGCCGGGACGAACAAGACCAAGACGCGGUCGGAAGUGAGCGGGUCCACGCGCAAACCGUGGAAGCAGAAAGGAUCCGGACGCGCGCGUGUGGGGGACAUCCGCGCACCGCAAUGGCGUGGCGGGUACCGUGUCCACGGCCCCGUGCUGCGCGAUUUCUCGUACAGUUUGCCGAAAAAAGUGCGUGCGAUGGGCCUCCGCGUGGCCUUGUCUACGAAACUCCGUGAAGGGAAGCUCGCGGUGGUGGACUCUUUGGAGGCAAACGUGACCAAGACAAAGGACAUGAAGCAGUUGCUGGGUCGUCGUGGAUGGGACCACGCGCUGUUUGUAGGUGGGGAGCAGGUCGACUUGGACUUCCUGUUGGCGACGCGCAACAUCCCGCACGUCGACACGCUUCCACAGCACAAGAUUAACGUGUACUCGAUCUUGCAGAAAGACUUGCUGAUCAUCACGAAGGACGCUGUCAAGUACCUUGAGGAACGUCUUCACGUCGACUAG